UCGAGCAGCAGGUGAAUCCUUACGCACAGAACUCCUGAGACCAAAGCAGAAAGCUUCACCAUACACUUCACUUCAGUUCAGCUCAGAAUACUGCAAAUAAUUGUGCACGAUGGAGUACCGCAACGGCAUGGACAUGAACAGCGUGACCGAGCUGAUGUACCAUAACGGCUGUAACAGCGACAGCACCGUGCAGCAGCUGAAACGGGGUGAAGCUGCGUGCUUGAAGGCGGAGGAGCAGCGCAUGGCGACCAUGCAGUCAGCCUACUCCAACAUCCUGUGCGCUGUCGGAGAGGACACUGAGCGUGAUGGACUGCUUAAAACUCCUCUCCGAGCCGCCAAGGCCAUGCAGUUCCUGACCAAAGGAUACCACCAAGACAUCUACGAGGUCCUUAAUAAUGCCAUUUUUGAAGAAGAUCAUGACGAGAUUGUAAUAGUGAAAGACAUUGACAUGUUCUCACUUUGUGAACAUCAUCUUGUACCAUUCUUCGGCAAGGUCCACAUAGGGUAUUUGCCAAGAAAGAAAGUGGUCGGACUUAGUAAACUUGCUAGAAUUGUAGAAGUCUACAGCCGCAGAUUGCAAGUACAAGAGCGUCUGACGAAGCAAAUCGCCACAGCCAUCUUUGAAGCCUUGAAGCCAGCAGGAGUAGCAGUAGUCAUUGAAGCGGUUCACAUGUGCAUGGUCAUGCGUGGUGUGCAGAAGAUGAACAGCCGUACCAUGACCAGUACCAUGCUGGGGGUAUUCAAAGACGAUCCGAAGACUCGUGAUGAGUUUUUGGCACUGACCAAGAGCAGUUAGUGUCCCUCUGCUCCUUCAUUAAAAUGUCAUCUUGACAUGAAACACCAGCAAAGCAAUUUUGCACCUAACUGAGCCUAACACUCACUUCUUUUGUCAUUCACACAUCCUAAAUGUGCUUGAUGUUAGGGCAACACUUGCUGUUACAUCAAUGUAAUCAUAAAUACUCCAUUACAGAGGCAAUUAUUUUAUUAUUAACUUAUAUUCAUUUUUAUUUAGGUAACCUUAAGGCAUUUUGCCAUGUUGAUAUAUACCUAUAGUAUAAUUUUUAUUACUUUAUAGCUGCUUGAAAAACUAAUGAAUGCUUUAUUUUUGAUUUAGUACUAUUUUAACAAAGUUUUUUAAUUUAUAAAUGUCAAGUAUGACUCACUGUUAUGUGUGUUAUGCUAUGUACUUAAGUGAAUUUAAUCCCUCUUUCUUGUCUGAUCAAUAUUUAUGAGAUGUGUAAACGUACUGUCACGAUGCAGGACAAAGGCGAGUGAGGAUCCAAAUGCAGAUUUUAGAGUUUUUAAUCAUACAAAACACAAAUGCAGCUAAACAGACAGGCAGACAGAACAAGGCAGCAAAACAGGGCUAACAGGAAACGGCACACCAACAUCCAACAUGCAAAAAUGACCAACACCAGGGAAGUGAACAAACAGAGUAUAUAUAGCUGACAGGAACCAAUGACAAAGCAGAGACAAUCAAAGACAAAGACAACACACCUGAGGAGAUGAAUGAGUACAAUUAAUGUCCAUGGGAACAAAAGAGUGGGCGGAGCAAACAAUUAACAACCGGGAAAGACAGCAGACAGAAACAGGACAGAAACACAGACAGACUCAUUACAGAGCCCCCCCCCUAGGAGUGGAUUCCAGACACUCCAACGCAGAACCGGAGGGCGGCGGAGCGGAGGCGGAACAGGGGGCGGGAAGGC